UAUUAGAUUUCUUCAUUUUCUCGACAACCAAAUAGAAAAUUUCAGUCCAGAAAGCUCGAAUUUUUCUUCUUUUUCUUAAUUUAAGAGGGAAAGGAAGAGAAGAGAGAGUGAUUGAGAUUGAUAGUGAGCCAAAAAGAGUUUAUUUUUUUAAUUUGAUUUAGCAAAGGAUGUCUGCGGCAGUGUGCGGCAGCAAAAGAUCUUUCUUCGAGGAUAUUCCGUCACCGCCAUCGGCUUCUUCCUCUAAGAAGAUCCGGCGUUGCUCGCCGUCAUCUCCUUCUUCUGUUCGUCCACUAUCUGCUCUCAAUCACCUCCAAGCUCUCUUCCCUCAUAUGGACCUCGAGCUUCUGGAGAAAGCUCUAUUAGAAUGUGGCAAUGAUAUAGACUCAGCGGUCAAGAGGCUGCAGGAACUUUGCUUAGGAGCUCCACAGGCUAGAGGACACAAGACAUGUUCUGUUGAGGUAUUGGGCACAACUGCCGAGCAGGGUGUAUUGACAAAUGAUGGAGAAGCCUCUGCUCCUGUGACCGUUCAGAAUCUAUCAGUCUCUGAAAAUUUGCCUGUUGAUGGUGCUGCUUGGGUGGACUUGUUUGUGAGGGAGAUGAUGAGUGCUACAAGUAUGGAUGAUGCCAAAUCCCGUGCCUCUAGAUUGCUGGCGAUUUUGGAGAAUUCCAUUAGUAAACUGGCUGCUGAAGAGACAGCACAAAGUUUUCACAAGGAAAAUUUCUUGUUAAAAGAACAAAUUGAAGCAUUAAUCCAAGAAAAUACGGUCCUCAAACGUGCUGUGGCUGUCCAACACGAACGACAAAAGGAGUAUCAGGAUAAAAACCAAGAGUUGCAACAUUUGAAGCAAUUGGUUUCACAGUAUCAGGAGCAGCUGCGAACUUUAGAGGUAAAUAACUAUGCAUUGAUGAUGCAUUUGAAACAAGCACACUCAAGCAGCUCGAUCCCGGGGCGUUUCAACCCGGAUAUCUUCUAACGAGGAAAUGGUUUAAGCUUUGUAAGUUUCAAACUGGGCUUUUGUUGGUAUACUUAUA